UCAUGCGUGAAAGCCAAAGCAAGACCGUUUGUUAGCAUUUGGAAGAAAAAAGAAGCAACCCUACCAACCAGUGAGAAGACAUCAUUUCAUUCAUCUUUCUUCUCAAAUGAGUCUCUGUUUUUGUUCCUUCCAAGGCUAUGCCUUCCUAGAUCCCUUUACUUUACAGAUUCCAAUAUUGCCAAACUUUCUUUGUUUGAGGCUGCAGCCAUGCAUUCUAAAACCUCAUCAAUCUCUUCCAAUUACCCAAUCAUUUCUGCCAUUUUUGCUUUUGCAAUUGCUCAAUCCAUCAAGUUCUUCACCACUUGGUUGAUAUGCAAGUUUAAGGAAAGAAGAUGGAAUCUGAAGCAAUUAGUUGGGUCUGGUGGAAUGCCAUCAUCUCAUUCAGCAACUGUCACUGCUCUUGCAGCUGCCAUUGGAUUGCAGGAAGGCUUUGGAGGACCUCUUUUUGCCACUGCCUUGGUUUUUGCUUGUAUUGUGAUGUAUGAUGCUACUGGUCUAAGAUUGCAAGCAGGACCCCAAGCAGAGGUCAUUGUCGGUGGGAUACUUGGACUUUUAACACCUAUUGGCCUUUUAAGACCUGUGACUAAGAAUUGAGGCCUUUCUUGACAUUACCAACGGGGACAACAGUGUCAAAUCUUUCUUCUUGACUACAGCUGUGGUCUCAAAUUCUUCACUCAAAAAUAUAAGUCUUGCAUUUUCAUGAACUUCCAUCUGGUGUCAACAGCAGAAAUAAAAAAAUUUAAUUUUAGACUGCAUGUAUUAAAAUCUAAUAAACUGCUUGUGGAUAUCAUAUUAGGUAUCUAAAAAGGACUACUGCAUAUUAUUCCCAAUGGACAUCAGUAGGACAUUAUUCAGUGAUCAAAAUCAUUUGAUUUAUCAAAACAACCGUGUGCCUUAUUUUCAAA